AUGAAGAUGUGGUCGUUAGGACGGAAAGGACGAAACGACGCGUCGAGAGUGAUGAGAAGAGAAGAUGUUUUAAUAAAAGCGGCGACGCGCAGUUUUAGUCACGAUUUGAGCAACAACAACAGCAAGUGCAACAACAACAGCAAGUGCAACACCGCCGAGCAGCACGCGCGGGAAAAACAAAUGAGAAGAGCAAAACAAACGACGCAAGGGAAAACGACGACGCGGAUUAGUAGCUCUUUCUCAACAAUGUCGAGAACAAAUGCAACGAUCUUGAAUGAAAACAUGUACGAAUUGCGCGAGGAAGUGGAAAAGAGCCGAAUCAUAUCCUCGCCCUCAGACUUGGACCAACGAAGAGUGCUCGUUUUAGACGUGGCGAUGCAAACGAGCAACAUCGUGAGUUGGCAAAAGGCGUUGAUUUUAGCCAUGUUCGAUAAGGUGGACGUUUUGGAAUAUUACGAAGAGAUGGUGGCGUCGGCGUAUUCGGCGUUUUAUUUACCCGCGGUGGUGAAAACGAGAGUGUAUGAUAAACAGAAAGGAUCGAUCGCGUUAUCGAGGAAGAACGUGUUGAUUAGAGAUCACCAUUCGUGCACGUAUUGCGGCGCGAGGGACGAUUUGACCAUCGACCAUAUCGUUCCGGCGUCGAAAGGCGGCGAGUGGUCGUGGACGAAUUUAACGACAGCGUGCGCGAAAUGUAACAAUCGCAAAGGAGAUAAGAUGUUGAAGCAGUGCAGCGGAAUGAAGCUCGUCCGUCCGGCGAAGGAGCCGUGCGUCGCGUCCGGGGAGUUUUCGCAGUUUUCCAGGAUCGUGAAUCCGCCGGACGAGUGGAUUCCGUUCAUCGAUCCGAGACACGUGAAACGAAUACCGGACGGCUUCAUGGACGAUUUGGAGUUUGGGGACGUUUCGAUUAAAAACAACGUCGUGGACGUGGAGAAGACGCUGUUGAAAGUGACGUCGAAGAACUACAAGAAGAAAAAGUCAAAGAGUAGCAGUUCUUCUUCUUCUCCUUCUUCCUCUACUUCUUCAACGCGGUAA